UUAUAUAUUCCAAUGUAGAUUUCUUUUCCUCUUCCUUGUUUGGGUUACUAUAUUAAGUAGACCUCCAGUGAUUACUUCACACAUCCUGGCCAACUUGUUUCCAGUCAGUAAACUAACAACAAACAAGGACAAUGAACGGUCUAACACUAGCAGUUAUUGUCACGCUUUGUGUCGGUGCGACCUUUGCCACCAGUUACCGCACACAGGACGAUGAUUGGAGCCUGUUCCCCCACGGGUCAGUCAGGAAUGGUCAUUUGGUCACUGGAUACUCUGGAGUGGUCAGAAAUGGCUUUGUUGGAUCUAGAUCUGUACAUCCAGGAUAUGUAAGGAAUGGUUUCCUCGGAGUAGGACAGGUUGGGAAUGCCUAUGUCGGAUCUGGACUGUCGAGGGUUUUAGGACACCGUGAUACAGUGAUGUACCCUACACAUGACCAACACUCCGGGAGACGUUACAGACGUUCAACCGGAGACUACUCCACAAGCACAUUUGACGCAUAUAGACGUUACCCGGAUGUAUACCCGAGGAACCCGGAUGUGUAUCCAAGAUACCCAAGCAGAUAUCCUGGAAGACCAGUGUAUGGACAACGAGUAGCGUACUAGAAGACCAGCAUGCUUGUAACACGGACGAUGAAUCUUUAAGACUAUACAUGCUCAUCCAUUCGACAAAAUCCAUUAUUUGUAAUGCUAUUGAUAUGUGAUAUAUUAAAAUAAUUAAAGCGCAAAAUUGA